AUGCUGCCAGCUAUUCGUAACAUAUAUAUACUUAAUGGUGAAGGUUUUCGUUUUGUUUUUGAUGUCACUGAUACUGAAUCAUUUACUGAUAUAAAUGAUGUUUAUGAAAGAAAUAUUCCAGCAAUAUUAGUUGGGAAUAAAAUUGAUUUAGCUCAUAAACGCAGGGUAACAUUUGAAGAUGCUGAGCAAAACUCACGAAGUUGGUCAAUACGAUAUAUGGAAACAUCAGCAAAAACAAAACAUUGA